AUGAUAACGAGGUAUAUCAACAAUAAGCUAUAUUCCUCAUGUUGUCGUUCAUUCAUUUCGGAAAUUUUUUGCGUUUAUGCAUAUGUAUUAAGUUGCUUUUCAGAAACUCGCCCUCCUAUCAAAUAUGUUCUGGACGUGACGAUUGCCUAUCCGAACGGUAUUCCCCUCAGUCUUGCUACGCUCGGAUUCGGAACUCGUGAAAAGUGUGACAUCGCUGUUCACUACCAAAUUUUCAGAGCUGAUGAGGUUCCGUUUGACAAUGAGGAGAAACUGCGCGAUUGGAUGUACGGUGUAUACGAAGAAAAGGAUAAAAUGCUUGCUCAGUACUAUGAAACCGGAGAGUUCGUGGCAGGUGAACGUGGAAAGCGUGUGGUAUUUUCUUGGGGAAAAAUUACCACUCAAUACGUUUUCUGGUUCGCUUCGUUCUACGCGCAAUAUCAGGUCUGCAGUUUUCUUCGUAAUAUGAGUACGAAAACAAGAAUUCAUCUAUUCUUGGAUCGUCAAGCAGGUCUUCAUAAUUUUGGCAACUCCUUUCAUGUAAAUGAUAUCCAGUUUCUUGGAGAAGCUUUCCUUCAUUCCUAUUUUCUAGUUGGCCCAGUGAGACAAGUCGGUGGUGCUCAAGUAGUACUGUAUUCCGUAUUUUGCUAG